AGAGUUCACCGUCAUCAUCAUGGGGCCCUGGGAGCUGGUGAUUGGCCUUGGCCUUGCGACGCCUCUCCUGGUCCUUGCCGCGCGCUGGUUGGGGCGCAACCUGUACAUCGGCACGAAGAAGUGGCGCUACGCUAGCGCACUGGAGCUUGGCUUUAUGGAUCGCUGGUACGCUGGCAGUCAUGAUGCUCGCAAUGUGGUGGCCUUUGGCUUAUGCCUGCAUCUACAAACUCGAAAGCACAUUCACGAUGACCAGGUUUGGCAUAAAGCCCUUCAGCAAGCUCUGAUGGCCUGCCUCGCCGAGUUUCCCCUUCUCCGGUGUUCCUUUGCCCGCGACGCGGCUCGCGAACCGCGUGCCUUUACACCGUUGCCGGAUCUCCCAACGGCUGCACACGAAGCAAUUUUUAUUCAUGCUCUACCCGAGACUCGUGUCAGCCCUGCGCAAGACAGCGCAGACGCCGAUGACGAUGCGCAACGCCUCAAUGAGCUUGUGGAUCGCCUCAACCAGGAGCCAUUCCUGCCCGACGCUCUGCAAUGUCAGCUGCACCUACUGCGCAGCCGCUGUUCCAAUCGCACCGUCACCGUUGUCCUCAAAAUUCACCACGCCAUUGCCGAUGGUAUCGGAGCUACCGCUUUGGCCCCUCGUCUUUUGCAGUGCCUGGACCAGGCUUUAGCCCAUCCCGACCAGCUGCCCGAUUCCGUGGCGCACACCUAUGAGGAGCUCAGCAUGCCCAUGGAAACUGCUCUCGACAUGCGUCCCUCACUCCAUCAGGUGCUCACCGAGGUCCUGUAUGACCAAUGGCCCAAUUUGCGACCCGCUGAGCAGCAUUGGCUUGGUCCCUCCGAUGACCCCGCGCGUGCGGGCCACGCACAGCGCCGGCCAGCCCACACCAUGCUUCGCUUCACCCCAUUGGAGACGGCCCAGCUGCAGGCCUUGGCUCGCCGUCAGGGCACCACCGUCAACGGCCUCAUGAUGAGUGCUGCUGCCAUCGCCACAACUGCGUUCGCGCCUUCCACCAAACUGGGGCACCACCACCCCGUGCAGAUCAGUUGCGUGGCCAACCUGCGCCCCUUCUGUCGACCCAUCCCUACACCUUGGUCCUUGCGUGCUUAUCUCAGCACCGUGGAUAUACCCGUUACCUUGCACGACCAUGAGCCGGCUUGUGCCGUGGCCCGCAUGCUUCAACAGCGUACGCGGGCUGAGGUUGCAAACGCCGGUCGCUUAGUCGGUCUCCUUCAAUUCGUCUCUGGCAGCUUUGUGGAUCUUAUGCGACGCUUGGCACAGCGUUCGCCUAACGGACGCCGUACUACCACAGGCGUCUCCAAUCUUGGAUUUGUGCGCGAGCUCCAGUUGAACGGCGCAGCCAUCGAGCUCAAGUCGGUCGACUUUGUUCAAAGCAAUCAUGCCGAUGGCCCCGUCUUCAAUAUCUCCGUUAUCACGGCUGGAACCGGCGCCAUGAGUAUUCAGGCGGCUUGGACACGACCAAUCACCUCCGACGCGGAUGGUCGAGAAUUUGGUGCCCUGUUACGUCGAACUCUUGACACCAUGCUGUCCAACCCGGGCGUGACCCAUCGUUUGCAUCACGUGCCGGACAACGCCUCUGUCCUUCUGUUCACGCAAUUCAGUUGGGAACUUAAGUGCGACUUACCUCGGGGGGGACAGAUCCUAGUCAACGCAGCACCACAGCUCAGAGAAAGGGCACAUCCUAGGCAGGAUUCUGCCGAAACUGCAGACUCAGACCCCACCCCACAGCGCAAAGUUGGGUGCCCCACCCACAACAAGCAGCGCUAUACCUCUGUUGGAUUGACCCAGCCAGAGAUGGGCACGCUGGGAACGUGA